AUGUCUUCUUGUCCCGGUUAUAAAAUCAUAAGGCGAAAAAGUACAGCACAAAUUUACGUCCACAAGUUAUGUUAUCCUAGUUUGAUUUGCACCCUUAAAGUAGAUCCUUGUAUUCAAGGGAUGAUUAGGUUGAGUCUCAUGGAACAAGCGUUCAUACAUGUUUACAUGUCGUUUAAUGUUUCGAGAAAAGGACACAAUGCGCUACCAGGCAUGAACGACCACACAAAUCAUGUUGUUGUUCACCACCCCCGCAAGAAAUAUAAAAACACAAAAAAUAAAGUGAAAACUGCAUUUCAUAAAGUACCAGGAUGCAUGCAGAUCGUUUUCGAUAGCUUUGUUAGUAUUUCUUUAUAUCGUUUUUUGUUUCAAUCAACCCUCGAUAUAAAACUUACACAUUUGAAACAUCAGGGAACAACAUUAUGUUGGUGUUUGAAAAUGACGAGGGAAAAAAGAGAGAAAAAGUUAAGAGCGGCAAAUGAAUCUGUUACAAUGUCAUGUAAAAUCGCGUUUUCUUGUUUUGGAAAUGCGCAAGAACUUCAUGUUAACUUGUAUUGUGGAGCAUUUCGAUGGUUGCUUCUUGCAAUGUGUAUAACCGGUUUUUUUUAUAAAGCAAGUUUAUUAAAUUUCUGUAAGAUAGCGCUAUGA